AGGUAGACGAGUUUUAGUUUAUACUUUCUUGCAUCAAACAAGAGCUCGCUCCUUACCUAUGUAUUAACAUCAACCCCGGCACAGGCGCAGCCCUGUGGCAUUGUAGAUUGUACUAAAGAUUCACAACUUCUACUUCUUGUAGCGCGGUCCCUGUCGCUGAUUUUUCAUUAUGGCGCAGCUGGAGCGUAUUUCCUUCUUUGCGAUCGGCCGUGUAGCCGAUGAGGAGCUGUUGGCCACUUGGAGUUCCUCCACGCAGGGACCCUCCUGGGACGAUGUGCGGCUGAAGACGAUCCGAAAAUUACUCACCGCAGCAAGGAAGCGGUUGACACCAGGACAAAGACAGAAACUGCACUGGGACGACCAGCAGGUCUUCGUGCAGCUGGACUUCCCAGCUGGAGCCUUCGUUUAUGUGGUAUAAAUUCGAUGCAUCUUGCUUUUUGUUUCUACUUUUUGCAAAAGAUGAGCUUUAGGCGUACGGAGGAAAAGUCACACAGACUCGCUCUGGCCUCCUCGUGAUGUUACUUGAUGAUGGAAAAGAACAUGAAUAUUUAUUACUUGAUCUCGUGAUGUCUAGCGCUUGAGGAUAGCGGAAGAAUUACAUUCUAGUGAUUGCAGCUGCGCAUAGGAAAAUUUCAAACAAUACCACUUGUCAGGUGGUCGCCCUGAAGAACCUGCAGGGGGAGGACUACCCCGAGCGAAUAGCCUCGAUUUUGAUCAAGGAAAUGCAGGAGCACGCCGAGGCCAAUUACUCCCCGGCAAUGCAGCUCUUCAACCCAAAAACGGACGCCUCGGACCCGAUUUCCGAGGGCAUGGCCCAGUGGUUCACGGACAAGGCGGCCGAGUUCGACGACCCCGAGGAGUACGACAAACUGGCGAAAGCAAUGGCAAAAACGAGUGCUAUUAAGAAGGUAUACAUAGAUACAGUUUUCUUUUGAUUCGUUUGUUAGGAUAGUAGAGGCUGUCUUUCAUGCACGAAUAGGCCAGGUAUCCAUAUGAUGAGUAAGCAACAGAAACAAUGCGAAUGUUGACCAUGAGCGGGAAAAUAAACCAGAUUAUGAACGACAACGUGCAUGGGAUGCUGAAGAACACGGAAAACUUAUCAUGAGGAAAAACGCCGCCACGACCCGAGACGAGUUGUCAACAUGAGAGACCUUUCUAGUCGCGACUUGGCAUUGAUAAGACUGUAAACAGGGUAUAAUAUUAGGUGGAUUUCUCUUCGUGAUGCGGCUGUCCGUCCUAUCGUUGUGCACUAUAUUACACGCUAGAACGCGCUUGUUAUGUGUGGCUCCGUAAACUUGUGGAUUUGUGUUCGCAGAGUCCGUCUCUAUUGCGACUGUGGGGUCGUGCGGGGCUGGUUAUUUUUCCUCCGGAUAAACCUUGAACGUGUUGGACGAGCAGGCGCAAGCGAUGCGGGAUGAGGCGCAGGACUACGAGGAAGAGGCGGAUAUAUCCAUUGCAAAAGUAUCGUACUCGUAGGGCAGUAACUGCUGCAUUCAUGCAUUGCAAAUCCUUCUCCUGAGGGAGAUCCGCUUCCGCAUGAUUACUGGAAAAUUUGUCAUGCAAUUGCUACUAGUUCUUGUACUAGUACGAUACUUUUGCAAUGCAUAAUUUACCAUCAAGGACUAUUUCUGGUGGAAGGACUUGAAGGUGACUUUGCUGAUCGCUCUCGUAGUGGCUAUUGUCAUAGGUAUCUCCGUCUGGUGCUGCAUUAAAAAUUGCGACAAAAGCAAAACCGUCAGAGACGACACCAGCACAGCAUCGGGAGAACAGCAAGAGGGCGGAGGACGUGGUCCAGCUGCACAGGCCGCCGCAGCACGACAGGAUUAGCAAAAGAAGUCCGAUGAACGGGUGUUCCGUGGUACUAUGGAAGUGAAGAAAUUAUUGUCACGCGGGGACAGUAAAAAAAAGUUGAAAAAAGAGGUUUUUUAAAGCAAUGUUUACACUAAUUUUUUCCACAGCUUUAUCAUUAUCUCUGACUGCAAUUUUGAUUUAGAUUUUCAUAUUCAUUUUCAUCAUCUCGAACUCUGUAUUUUCCUUUUUUGCAUAGUACUGUAAUACGAAAAGAAACAUUACCGAUUGGAAAACUGACUGCGAUACAAUUACAUUAUUCUCUCUAAAGACAACUCUGGUGACAUAAUUCGUCGACACGUUUUAAACAGCAAAAUUAAUUCGUCCGAGAAAAAAAGAACAACCCGAGGACUAAGGUCCUGUUUGUGUUUAGUGCAGCGAU